CGCGUUAGUUGCCUUCGCUUGGGUUGAGCAGGAGAAUUCGCUUUCAUGUCGCGACAUUUGCAUAUUUGAUCGAGAUUUAGAUUUAUAUGCUUCAUAAUGACGAGCUUUACGAGGAUUGCAGAUGAGGGUUCGCCCUCGAUCAUUGUCCAUCCCGACCACAAAAUCGCCAAGAUCAAUGACAACAUCUAUGGAGGUUUUACAGAGCACAUGGGGCGCUGCAUCUACGGUGGCAUCUAUGACCCCGGCAAUCCCCUAUCCGAUGAGAACGGCUUCCGCAAGGACGUCAUUGAUGCGAUGAAGGACUUGAAUGUUCCGGUAGUUCGAUAUCCUGGCGGCAACUUUGUCGCUACGUAUCAUUGGCUCGAUGGAGUUGGCCCGAGAGAGAACAGGCCGAAGAGACCUGAGCUGGCGUGGCUGGGUCUCGAACCUAACACGUUCGGCACUGACGAGUUCAUGAAGUGGUGCGAGAUUGUUGGCACUGAACCUUAUCUCUGUUUGAACUUUGGUACCGGUACUCUCGAUGAAGCCCUCGGAUGGCUCGAAUACUGCAACUCGACGCAAGAUACAUACUACGCCAACCUCCGCCGUAAGAAUGGUCGUGAGGAGCCAUACAACGUGAAGUAUUGGGCCCUCGGCAACGAGUGCUGGGGCCCCUGGCAGGUAGCUCAACUCACCAAAGAGGACUAUGCGAAGAAGGCGUACCAAUGGGCCAAAGCUCUCAAGCUGCUAGAUCCGUCUAUCGUCCUCAUCCUCUGUGGUGAGACUGGCUACUCUUCCUGGGACUACUAUGUGCUCAAAGAAUGCGUGACAUGGUCCGUCCACGGCCUCGGCGGCGAUCGCACAAAGUCCCUCAUCGAUAUGCACAGCAUUCACGUCUACACGGCUGACAAAGAGCACCUGGCAAACGCUACAGCGCCGCGUGGGGCUGAGCGUGCGAUUCAGAUGGCAAGUGCUUUGAUCGAUCUUGCGCGCAUCGAGAACGGGGUACCAGAAACAGUACCCAGGCAGACGAUCUGCUUCGACGAGUGGAACGUCUGGGACCCGAUCCGGGCGCCAGGAGAGCUAGGUGCCGAGGAGAAGUACACACUUUCUGACGCGCUCGCUGUGUCUGUCUUCCUGAACGGGUUCAUUAGGCAGGCGAAGGACUUGGGCAUGGCCAACAUCGCCCAGUCUAUCAAUGUCAUCUCGCCGCUAAUGACCAAUAAGGACGGGAUUGUUAAACAGACAAUCUGGUGGCCGCUGCUACUCUUCAGCAAGUACAUGCGCGGACACAGCGUCGCCGUCAAUGUGAGGGCGCCCGAGUACACUGGCCGCACGAAUCCGGCGUGGAUUAGGGCUACGAUCGAGACGCCAUACCUGGAUGUGAGCGCUUCAAUCUCUGACGACGGUCAUAUGAGCCUCGCGGUGGCGAACUUGAACGAGGAGAAGGCUUUCGAUGUAAAGGUUGAGGGCGUGAAGAAGGGCGAGGUCAAGGUGUACACAGUAGAUGGGGAGAAUGUGGAUGUCGCGAACACCGCCGAUGAGCAGAAGGUGGGCAUCAAAGAGUCAAGCUGGGACGGCGUGGGCAAGUUCAGGUUUGGAAAGCACUCUUUCACGCUGCUGAGGUGGAAAGCGUAGGGUGUAAUGGUUGAUGACUCAACUAAUGAUUGAUAGACUACAUGGAAUAUAGACAUUCAUUAUCCAGAUCGAAAAUGCUACAAACGUAACGUAGCACGGGCCGCGUUGGUCACUGACGCUCUUAGUGCUCUCCUGCCUCCCGCACACCCUACAUAAAUCCACGCUGUAGAGACGCAGCCCUCUCCACAAACGCCCUUUAUCAUUGAGGUCGCCUCUGGUUCUACUGUGUUGAUACACACUUGCACCGCCUGGAGACUUACUGAAACCAUUUACCUUCCAGAACCAACGCCAUGUACUCCAUCCCAAAUCACACGUUGGGAUGCAAAUGCUCCCAGUGCAUGCACGCCAACCAUUCAGUCUCUGCAGACCCCUCUGGAUCUUCUGUAGUGCUACGUGUAUGCUAUCCAUUGCA